AUGGUUUGGUCUUCUGUUCUUUUGUUGCUCCUCGUUGGGGCAACAUUCGCCAACAAUCAGAAUGCCUGGGACGAGGGAAAGCAAUACACUUACAAUGUAAGAAGUCGAACGCUGGCUGCAUUCCAUCAGCAAUCAAAACAGUUCACUGGUAUACUCAUCAAAGCUAAGCUGACAGUUCAGCCAAAUGGACCAAAUACUCUACGGGCUAAAAUUUUACAACCACGUUAUUCCCAAAUUCAUACGCGUCUCGAAAACGGUUGGGAGUCAGAGAUUCCACGUGAACUAAUGAACAUGCAGAAUCUACCUCUUAGCGAAAAGCCGUUCGAGAUCAAGACUAAGAAUGGCAUUAUUCUUGACCUUAUUGUCAGCAAAGAUGUACCAACUUGGGAAGUUAAUAUGCUUAAGAGUGUAGUUAGUCAACUGAACAUCGAUACUCAGGGAGAAAAUGCUUUGCACUCAGAGCAUAACCAGCUUCCUGAAGGUAGCCAGCCUUAUGCUCUGUACAAAACUAUGGAAGACUCCGUCACCGGCAAAUGUGAAGUUGUUUACGACAUCUCGCCACUGCCAAAACAGAUGCUUCAAAGCAAACCUGAAUUGGCUCCUCUACCAGAGCUUCGCAAAAAUAGUGACUUAAUCAAUAUCAUGAAAACUAAAAAUUACACAAACUGUAAUCAACGAGUAAGCUACCACUUUGGGAUUGACAGGCGUAACAACUGGGAACCCGGCAGCAAUGAUAACUCUAAAUAUCUUUCUAGAUCCACCCUCAGUCGCGUUGUUAUUUCUGGAAAUUUAAGAAAAUACACCAUUCAAUCAUCUGUCACUAUUAACAAAGUAACUCACAGUGCCGAUCUGUACGAAAAUGAGCAAGGUAUUGUUGCCAGCAAAAUGAAUUUGACUUUGUAUGAAGUUAAAGAGAUUUCUGAGCGAAUCUCUGCACCAUCCAAUCCCGAAUCCACCGGUAACUUGAUCUACAGCUAUAACAAUCCUUUUGGAAAACCAAAUUCUCGCCGACCAAAUCAACCCAAUCAACUUUGGAAUUCCAAACACGAGCAUCAAAAUCCUAGAAUGAACCAGGAUAAAAGACAUCAUGGUCAAAACUUCGACGAAUCGCUUGACGAUUCAAACGAGAGCGUAUACGAUAACGAGGAACAAACCUACCUUGAACCAAAACCCAAAUUGACGGAGCCACCUAAAAAUCCCAUGAGUGUAUUUUUCAUUGGAAACCAAGGAAACUCCGUCCAACAAAACAACAAAAUUGACGUUGUAAAAACAACCAAGGAUAUGGCCCAAGAAAUCGGUAAUGAAAUCCAGCAAUCCGACAACAUGUUCAACGAAGAAACUCUUGAAAAAUACACUAUUUUGACUAGAUUAAUUCGUACUAUGAACGCUGAACAAAUCGCUCAGGUACAGAGAGAACUCUAUGAGCCAAAACAAGAGUUGUCUAGCCAGCUUAACACUAACAAUCAAGACCAAACCACUCGUAGAAUAGCCUGGGUUGCCUUCCGCGACGCUGUUGCUAAAGCUGGUACUGGCCCUGCUUUAAUUAAUGUCAAACAAUGGAUCCAGAACAAACAGAUCUCUGGUAAUGAAGCUGCUGAAAUCGUUGAUGCUGUAGCUCAAUCUGCACGAAUUCCUACACCGGAAUAUGUCGAAGCAUUUUUCGAACUGCUUAAACUCCCACAAAGCGAGGAGCAGCGACGUCUGCAUGAUACCUCAGUUAUCGCUUUUGCCGAUCUUAUUCGUCACGCUACCGUUGAUAAACGCAGUGAGCAUAAUCGUUAUCCUGUGCACGUUUUUGGAAGAUUGUUCACUAAAAAGAACCAUAAUGAUGUACAUGAAAAAUACAUUCCUUACAUUGCUGACAAGUUGAGAAAGGCUGUUGACAAUGGUGAUAGUGAAAAAAUUCAACUCUAUUCGGUAGCUCUCGGUCGAGUCGCUGACCCCCGAAUUCUGUCGGUUCUCGAGCCUUAUCUUGAAGGACAAAGGCAAGUGUCGCCCUACCAACGUUAUAUCAUGGUUCUUUCCUUGAACGGACUUGCCGUUAGUUAUCCUAAAGUAGCUCGUUCAGUGCUCUACAAGAUUUAUUCCAAUAAUGCUGACAAUUAUGAAAUUCGUGUCGCCGCUGUUUACCUACUUAUGUUGACCAAUCCGCCAGCAAGUAUGCUCCAAAGGAUGGCUGAGUACACAAAUUAUGACAGCAACAAGCACGUCAACUCUGCCGUCAAAUCAACCAUUCAAUCGCUUGCUCUUCAAGAAGGCAGUGAGAAUCGUGAUCUAUUUAACGCUGCCAGGGCUGCUCAGCCUCUUUUGACGUCUGAAAUUUUCGGAGAACAAUUUUCAAGAUCUGUUUACUACAGGCUUAACGAUCCAGUCACUCAGUCUGGAUUAUCUGUUGAAGCCAAUUAUAUUGGCAGCGACGACAGUAUUUUGCCAAAAGGAGUGUACGCUAAUGUCAGUCCGACUUACAAAGGUCUCAAAUUAUCCAGUUUUGAGGCCGGAGCUACCGUUUCCAGCAUACGCAAUCUCUUAAACUUUGUGCAAACACACAUCUUAAAGCAAAAUCAAAAGGAGAAGGCCGAUAUUCGGAAAGAUCAAGAGAAGAAAUACUCACCUGAACAGAUUUCUAAGUUGCUGGAUAUCCAUGGCGAUGCACCCAACCAAAUUGAAGGACUUUUGUUUGGCAACAGUAAAAUUGGAAACUAUCUUCUUUCUUUCGAUAACCACACUAUAGAUAAAAUUCCUGAAGAGCUCAAAUAUUUGUACAGUCAAUUAAGAAAUGGAAAAUCUUACGAAUCGACAAGGCUCAACAACUAUGAAGUGACUAUCAGUUUCCCUACGGAAACUGGUUUCCCAUUCCAGUUUAAUCUUAGAACUCCUUCAGUUGCACAUAUUGAAGGAUACAGCAAACUCACGAACGAAGAAUUAGAUAAUGAAUCCUUUAGUCCAAAAUUAGUUACUCUCAACGGUAAACUUAAAUUGCUAUUUGGUAUGGAAGUCCAGAAGAGAUUGGGAUUCGUAACACCCUUUGAGCAUCAAGAAUACAUAGUAGGUGUUGACAGAAAUAUGCAAAUUCAUGUGCCUAUUCGUGGCGAAGUACACUUCGACAAACAGAAAUGUGAAACUCGAGUAACUAUUCAACCUAAUGAAGACAUUCCUGAAUUCAAAUUUCUUCAAUACAAAACCCAACCUUUCACCUCAAAGCAUGAUAUUCUAAACAUGGAACCUGUUAAGAAAGAUCAGAACACUCAUAUCAUUCAUAAAGACCGCACUACUCAAUCACAGAUGUUAUUCAGUGAUAUGAACAACAAAGAAGCCGUAAAAUUUAACUGGGAAAGACAAACUUGGAAUUCACAAGAAGAAAACCAAAGGCGUGAAAACAAACAACAUAAUGACCGUGUGGCUAUACAUAAACUCUCGCAAUCGUUGAUGGAAAUGUCUUAUGGUAAACAACAGAGCGAUGCUGAGUAUGAGAAAUACUCGGUAAAACUAUCUCCAAGCACCGACAUGAAGGUAGAAAUGAAAUUAUCUUACGACCAUCUGAUCACCGAAAACAACAAUGAAAUUGAGGAUUACGAAAGCUGGGUACCAGAGGCUAAAGCUCCUCGUCUAGACAAAAGUCUCAAUGAUGCUGAGCGCAAGCAGAAACUUAUGAGAGAAGCUGCUAAAGAUAUCAAUUCUGCCAAAGCUGGCGCUCUCAAUUUAAAUCUUAAAAUCAGUGGAGGCCUGCAGGCUUCUUUGGACGUCACUGCUGCUGGUGCAUUCAGUAACAACGACCCUAAAUCUCGUGCUAUGCUUUAUGCUCUUGUCACAAAAGGAAAUCAUGAAUACUAUUUGUCAAUUGGUAUGGAGGGCAAAGUACCAAAUGUAAAGUCGAUGGAUUACGAACAAACACUAAAAAAUAACAAACCUAAAGAAUUUAAAGCAGUUCUAUAUUUAGGGCAAUUAAACGAUGGCAAUGGAGCAAGUGUUAUGAAACUCAAAAUCCAAGGAAAAGCUAAACAAACUGAAGAACGCAAAAGUGCUAUCCGCCAAUCUCGCGAUGCUCAAGAAUGCAAGAAAGAGGAGAACCAAAGUGGUAAUAAAUUGGGUAAUUCUUGCCAAGAAGCUAAUAAGCGCGCUCAAUAUGUCAAUUUUGGAGAAUUGACCCUUAAAUUGGAGGAUAACGACAAACUUAGCGAGGCUAUCUUAAACUCCUUGACUGAUGCAGAACAGUAUCUUGGAUACGCCGUUGACGUUGAUAUACAAAGAAAACUUGAUUUGAAAUCAUCUAAAAACGAAAUCAAGAUGUAUUUGGAAAUAUCGCCCAAUGAUGAAAUGGCUAAUCUAGCGAUAACGACUCAUAGAGGAAAAUUAGAGAUCAACAACAUCAAAAUAAUGCAAAGCUAUAACAAAAAUAACGGCAACGUUAAGGACACCAGAAAUAAAAAAGAUCCUGACACUGAUUUGUAUAUGAGAGCUGUAUGCAGUCUUGAUAAAUCUGAGGUGAAAACUUUCGAUAACAAACGUUAUUCACUAAGACUCGGACAAUGCUGGCACGUUGCUCUGACCACCUUUCCUAUGAAUAACGCUGACAUCCCUAACAACCAGCUAGAAAUUCCAGAAAAGAUGCACGUUACUGUUCUGACCAAGGAAGAUGAAAAUGGUAUGAAGAAAUUGAAGGUUACUCUUGGAGAUAAAGAGAUUCAACUUUUGGCAACCUCACCUCGUCAAAUCCGUGCUGAAAUAAACGGCAAACUUAUUGAACUUUCGCACAAAAAGACCUAUCAAGGAAAGCAAAUUGACAAGAUUACUUUCGAACUUUUCAAACUUGAAGAUGGAACCGCUAAAAUUAUCUCCGAUAAAUAUGACAUCAAGAUUUUGUUUGACGGAACUCACGCUCAAAUUAAGGCUGGUGAAAAAUAUCGUAAAUCUGUUCGUGGUCUCUGUGGUAACAACGAUGGUGAGCCAGAGAACGAUCUAAAGACUCCCAAAGGAUGCACACUUCAACGCCCGGAAGAAUUUGCUGCCAUCUAUGCUCUUACGCAAGACGGUACUUGCCAAGGGCCAGCUCUUAAAAAUGCUCAAAAGGCUGAAGAUUCUGAAUGUACAUACGAGAAGGUUCGUGCAGGAAACAUCAUCAGUGAGCAAGAAGCUGGGCGUGAACAUUCUUUCAAGAGUAGAAAGAGCAAUGAAGAGAAUGAAAAUGGCCAUUGUACACGACAUCGAACAUUGGUUACCAAAACUGACAAUCAAAUUUGCUUCUCUCUUCGCCCAGUUCCCAAGUGCUCACCUGGAUGCUCAGCCGAAGGCGAGAGGAACGUUAACAUUUACUUCCACUGCGUUCGCAGAACUGGUACCUCUGAAAGAGUUGCUGAACGCAUCGAAAAGGGUGCCAAUCCUGAUCUUAGUCAGAAAACUGCAUCCAAGACCGAAAAGCAUCGCAUUCCUUUAUUCUGCAAGGCUUAAAUCGCAUUAGUUA